AUGCAACAACAGACUUCCCCUCACAGCCAAGUAAAGCGACGGACAUGCCCUUACUGCUUCAAGGAGUUUGCAAAAAACGACCACUACAGUCGCCAUCUCCGAUCCCAUACAAAAGAAAAGCCAUUCCGCUGCAAUAUAUGUGGGCACCACUACCCUCGCCGGGACACUCUGCUCCGCCAUGUCAAAAUUCACGAGAGAGAAUCGGACCCACGAAGAUGGCGACAUGCGUUCGCAAACGAUCACGGUGUGCAAGGGUCUCACCAACGCCAUUCGCAUUCAAAUGGCACAAAUCCCGCUAGUUUGCCUAAUGUCUCAGAAGAGGUCGGCUUGGUAGACACGACGACCUCACUCCACAUCCACCGAGCCUUGUCUGGCACGACGUUCAAUUUGAAAACAGGUACCGACCUCCCCGCGUCAUCACCUAUUCGGGGCUCCCAAGAAGGCUCGAACCAAGUAAUUUCCGAAAUUGAUGUCGGAAACAUCAAUGUUGAUAUCAGAUCUCUUGCUGGCUCGAUGUAUUCGGAACCUACAGUAGCUCUGGGCACUGUGGGACAGAAUCCAGACCUGGGAGUUUUCAAUCAGUCUCACCAAAGCAGCAGUUGCAGUCCACUCACUAUCGCGAGCGGCUUAUGUGAUAUAGACUACUCUCUGGAUACCUCGGACUGGCUUUUAGAGAAUGAGUUGUUCGAGCUGUUCGACUUCAAAAACCUCCAAUCAGGGUCGUUAGACGGGCAGGUUGCGAGUGAUAGCGAUGCUUCCCCUUGUGUCCGGGACCUCCGAGAUGUAUGGUACGUCCCGGUAGCGAAAAUGGACUGCGAUCUCGGGACGAAUGCAACCGCGAUAUCUUCCAAGCAGGCAAUCGAUCUCAGAGGCGACAUUGAUGAGGCGUAUCGCGCGGACAUGGCAACCACACUACUACGCCCUGUCCGCAACGAGCCUCUGCCAUCCAUUGACCUCUUGAAUGUUUGUAUCCGUCUCUUCUUCACACGUAUAAAUGUGAUGUUGCCCCUCGUCCAUGGGCCGACAUUCCGACCAACUCCAAAUAACACUUUGCUGGUCCUGUCAAUCUGUUCGGCGGGGACUCUGACAAUGGACUCAGGCAAUGCUGCCAAGGUGGGCUGCAUGCUUUUCGAACGUGUCAACAAAUCAGGCAUGACCCUUCCUUGGGAAAGAAUUGUUUCUCGGCAGCCAGAAAUGGCGCGCAGUAACCUCAAGGUGGCGGCAAUUGGGCAGAUAUUUGCUCUCCUAUCGGGAGAGCCUGCCCAUAGGAUGAUUGGAAAUUCGUUCCACGGAGGCAUGAUAGCUAGCGCCCGACAUUUGAAGCUCUUUGAUGACACGCCUCCUCUUGAGCUUCCUGAUGACUUAUCCCCAAGAGAUCUUGAUAAAGCAUGGAGAGCCUGGGCGAGUGAAGAGGAGAUGAAAAGAUACGCCAUUAUCCUGUACAUUCAAGACGCUGAAUUGGCCGCUUUGUUUCACCAAGAGCCCAAUUUUCGCCACAACACCCGACCACUGCCCACCGCCUGCUCUGCGGAGUUGUUUACUGCACCAACGGCGGCGGCAUGGGCUGCUAAAUACAGAGCAAUGCGGAAGCGAAAGGAAGGGCAGACCAACCUUCCAUCCGAGCACAUGGACGCAGACACCGAUUCAGAAAGACCAGUACAAAUUGAUCAUCGCCACCAACCAGAUAUGCUGAAUGCCUACGCAAUCCUUUCAGGCGUAGGAGCCUCUGUCUGCGAAUUUCGACGUCUGGGUCUACUGUCAUCGGAUCUCAAUAGGAAGCUGGGCGCCGACCUCGUCCAGUGGUACGCUUCUGCCAGAAUUUCCUUCCACGCGAGCGAAGAAUGCGGCACCCUGUCUGACCUUCCCGUCUCUUUAAGAAUACUGUGGCACUACACAUUCAUAUCGUUGACGGUCGAUUUGAACACUCUCGAAGUCGCCGUGGGAAGGGAAGGGCCCAACAACAUCGUCCCGGAUCUCCACGAGUACGUCCGGUCGUGGAUCUCGUCCUUGAACUCAAAGCGCUCUCUUUUCCACGCCUUGUAUCUCCAAAACCUCGUCACCUCGACGAAUUUGGGAUCCUCGUCCGCCAUCCAUACGGCGAGGAUACUGUUUUCUGCGGCUCUCUGCUGGUAUUGCUACAUUCUCUACCUUCCGUCCAUGACGGUCGCAACUGAUAUGGCGGUGGUUGAUUCAAACCCUGACGAGCUCCUGGAAUAUUUGGCACAGCUGCCGGAAUCGCGGUUACUGUGCACGGAAAGCCGCUCCAGUCCGGCUUCGACCCUGUGGCACAAGACAAUGACGGAGUUCCCGAAGAUUCUGGGGGCGACGCCGACCGAAAUGAAGGAGAACACUCUGUGUGUCAUCGAAUCCGCUCUUCGGGGUCUAGGCACUUGCGGUAUAUCAAGGCGCUUUGCAGACAUCAUCUACAUCUUCAUCUCGGGCGAGAUGAACGGCUAA